AUGGAUACCACUUUCUUUGAAACAAAAUAUCAACCAAGAAGUUGGAUAAUUCAAAAAAUUGAAUCAACAAUCGAGAAAUUAUUGUGUGAUCUUGCCAAGGGUAAUCAUCAUCCACUUAUUAUUGAAUCCGUAUCAAACACUAAUAACUCGCGACGAAAGGAAACAUACACAAGGUAUGAUUCUCAAACGCAAACUAUCAGAAGAACCAAUGAGCCAGCAGUGAAACAAUUACAUUUCCCUUCGGCGAAAAAUCCGCGCAGUUUUGCCGUUAUUAUAAGACUCCUUGAAAUAUGUCAUAAUCUUUUAAUACAAAAUAUAACUGCUACAAAACGCGAUAUAUAUUAUAAAGAUGUACAAUUAUUUGGUAGUCAAAGUACUGUCGAUAUUACCGCAUCAGCUAAAGGCUUAAUAGCUGGUCCUCUGAAGAUCUUACAAAAAGAUGAACAUCAAGCAGAGUUUACAUUAGUAAUCGAGAAAGAGGCCACUUUUCAAUAUAUACUUUCAAGUCACAGAUUGGAUGAACUUCCUCCUUGUAUUAUAAUUACUGGCAAAGGGUAUCCGGAUGUAGCAACCCGUCAUUUAGUCAAACUACUUGCAGAUCAGAGAAUGUCGAAUACAAGUCUAUCUCAUUCAUCGAUAAAUACUCGAAACGAGUUUCCGAUACUGGGGCUGUUUGAUAAUGAUCCUUAUGGUGUUGAGAUUUUUUCCGUAUACAAAUUUGGAUCAACGUCAAUGUCGUUCGAUAAUGAAAAUCUGGCCACACCAAAUUUGCGAUGGCUUGGAUUACAUUACUCUGAUUGUAGAAGACAUGAAAUCUCGUGUAUGUUGAUUACUGGCAAAAAAGCGGAAAUACAAAAUCUUUGCCAAGAUAAUUCUAAUAAUCUUACCAAAUAUUUAUCAGAGAAGAUGGGAAAUGAUUUACAUUGGUUGUGA